AUGCUGUAUGGGGUGUUAUGCGCUGGGAUGGGUUGGGAUGGCACCACAAACGUGUGCCGGAUCCAACGUCGGUACGCCCGCCCCGGUUGGUGUACCAUGAAUGUUAUGGAUAUCACGGAAUUUUACGGCACGGAGACGGAAUCUCGGGAGUUGAGCCGGCUAGCUCAGGCGCAGAUCGAUACCCAAGACACAUUCGAUUCACAUCAUCGCGCGACGUUGCUGACCGCCUUCUGGGCUGAAGUGAUGGCCACAAGGGGCCUCUGUUUCGCCUCCGGGCACGCCGCUCUCCUGGCCAAUACAGUACAGAUGCGCCACCUUGCCUGA